AUGGCCAUUCUGUUUACUCAAAUAGUGAGACAAUCUGACAACAGGAUAAUCGUAUCUGCAGAGUGCCCUCUCUCCAGAUACUUUGAGAGUGAACAUACGAAAGUCCUGGAUGAUAUGACAAGUAUCCCAGAUAAAUUCCCAAAUGAAACACAAUUCUGCAGUACGCAAUCAACAGAAGAAGGAAUAGUAAUAUAUUUCAAGCAGUUUAAAAGUAUCAUAAUCCUGAGUGCAGUUGAAAUAGGUCUCUCUAAGACAUCAAUUUCACUAUUUUUUGAGAGACUGAAGGACUUAUUUGAGAAAGAGUAUGGAGAAGACCUGUCCAGUAAUAUGUCGUAUAUACGCUUUGAAGAUAUAAUUAAAGAAGAAAGUAAGAGAUACAGUAAGGACAAAGGACUAGAAGAGACACUAGAGACACUCAAAGAGACAAAAGAAGUAUGCAUACAGAACUACACAAAUGUACUACAAAGAGGCCAUAAGAUAGAACAACUAGAGAUGCUUGGGCAUAAACUACAGAAUAUCUCAGAGAAAUUCAGAAAGAAAAGCAGAAAGAUGCAUGUAGAGGCAGUUGUAAUGCAAUAUGUAUUUUAUGCUGCAAUUUUAAUUGUAUUAUUCCUUAUACUGUACUUCUUCAUGCGGUAA